CGUGCGUGCGUGCGUCUUGUAUUUGAUGUAAACAAACCAAUGAAGUAACCAGUAAGCAACCAAACCCUGUACUCUCUCUCUCUCUCUCUCUCUCUCUCUCUCUAAAGAUAUAUAUAAGCUCACAGAAGCUCAAAUCAAGCGGCAAAUUCAUAAGAAAUAUAUUCAGAGAAAAAGAAAAGAUGGGUUGGUCUGAAUCAGGGAGAGGAUGCAAGAAGCACCAGCUGUUUGGAGGCGACGACAUGAUGAUGAAGCAAUAUUCAUCGCCAGGUGUUUGUUCGUCUUGUCUUAGUGAGAGGCUCUCUGAGCUCUAUGCCCCCUCCUCAACUUUCUUCAGUGAGAGACUUGCUCGUACUGUUUCUUCUCCCCGUAAUCAAUCUAAUUCCUCGUCUUCUUCUGUUUCCUCCUCCGCCCGCUCUCCUCCUGUUAAUAAUUAUUAUUAUUCUACAAGCUUCAGCGGCCGAGGCCCUCAGCGUCAUCAUCGGCGUCAUGCUUCGGAAAUUUUGGGUUCGGUUUCUUUCAUGACAAGGAGUAGCACGAGUACUGGUGGUGGGUAUGGCCGCGGCGGCCAUGAUGAUUAUGAUGAUGGGGGGAUGAAGAAGAGCAGAUCGGUCGCCACGGUUGUUUCGAAGACAAAUCAUCAUCGUUUCGGAGAUCAGAAGGCCAGUAGUGGUGGUGGGAAGCAGAAGAAGAAAAAAAGAGGGUUUUGGUCGAAACUGCUUCGGACAACGGGGAGAAAAACCAAGGAGGUUUUGAAGCACUCAAAGAGUAGUCUAGUAUAAAUAUUUUUAUUAUUAUUAUGUAUGUCUUUCUGUACCACAAGUAACAAGUUAGGAUGUGAAGUUUGUAAUUUGUGCAAUCAAUCGUGAUAAGGUCUUGCUUGUUCAUAGUAAUCAAA